UUCUCAAGCCUCUAUCUCAAGUCAUCAACUUUCACAUCUCCCAAUUAUCCCUCGCCCUACUCAAACGACGUCACGUGCAAGUACACAUUUGUUGGCAGCGUCAAGGAACGUGUGCAGAUAACCUUCAACGACUUCCACCUGGCUCAUCCGACACUGAAGGAUGAUCAGCAGAGCAAAGGAACACAAAGUGACUACGUGGAAUUUUCCAACUUCAACGUUCAGGUGGCGGACCGCAAGAUGGGUCGACUUUGCGACGUGAAGGACGGCCUGUCCAGGUACGUCCAUUCAGACGGCGACUUUUUCAGGGUGACCUUCAAGUCCAACUACAUUUACGAUGGGACUGGCUUUAAAGCGUUGUACCAGUUCAAAAAGAGUGAUGGUCGGUUACACAUACAUGUAUACAAAAUGUUAUAA